AAUAGUAACCCAUCAAUAGCUAUAUGGGUAACUCCCACCCCACAAUUAAAAAAAAAAAUCUCUUGUCUAACACUAAGCUCAUGACAGUACACUUCUGAAACUAAUGACCCGAUUUCUGUCUUCAGCUGUACUUUGACUUAAAUACUGGCAUAAUAUGCUAACAUGCUGAUUGUACACCAUAACCUUCAGAUGCUAACAUAUCGACAUUAGCCAAACAUGCUACAUUAAGCCAUUUAGUAUUUAAAGUUAAUAAGCUGGCAUGCUUAAAGUUCACUGCAUUUUAAGUAUUAGCAUGUUAACAUGCUUGUUAAGUCUUCUUUUUAAGUAGACCACUUUGGUCCAGAUUGGAACUAGCUCAACAACUCCUACACGGAUUGCUUCAUUCAUGGUCACCAGAGGAUUAAUCCUACUGACUUUUGUGAACCCCUGACUUUUCCUCUAGCGCCAUCAUUAAGUUGACAUUUGUGGUUCAGAGUGAAAUAUCUAGUCUAAUAUUAGAUGUAGCUAUUGUUAUUAAAUUUACAACAGCUAUUCAAGGUCUGUAGAGGAUAUGUUCUAACGUCUUUGACAAUCCUAUGGCUUUUCCUCUAGCGAUCCUCUGACCAGUGGGUGGCGCUAGAGGAAAAGUGAGUUUUGAUUUAUUCCUGGUUCUCAAGAGGAUGAUCUGUUGUAAUAACACUGAUCUCCUGAUUUCUUAUCUGGUCAAAAUUUCAUUUUGUCCAGUACUUAUGACCAAAUACUUGCAAAACUCAUGACAUUGGCGUCAGCCUCAGCUGAACUGUGUUUAGUGCUAAUUAGCAAACGUUUGCCUGCUCACACGCUAAACCAACACAGUGAACAUGGUAAAUAAUACACCUGCUAAAUGCUAGCAUUAUCAUCGUAAGCAUGUCAGCAUGCUGAUGUAAGCAUUUAGCUCAAGUACAGCCUCACAGAGCCGCACAGCAUGGCUGUAGACUCUUGUUAUUUUACUGAGCUAAAACAGUAAACGAAGUAACACUGUUGACACAGGCUUGAAAGUUACUUGGGGCCAAUUCUGUCAAUGCAACCCUGCCCUGGGUACAGGAAAAGAACUUAUGUAAGAUGAUUAAAUGAAAUAUGGGUGAGAUUUAAAAUAUCUCUUGUGUAAGAACAGAGGGUGUGAAUCAUUUUAAUCCAGUGUGACACCUCAGAUGGCCUUGACACUUCUAAACUAAGAUUAUCACUAUCCCUGUUGUCAGCACAUAUCGUGGGCCAGGAAGGUAUUGGGCCAGGCCAAGCUUUCACCUGUAAACAAUGGCUAUGGCAGCCACUAACAGUGACACUGUUAUUCUACUGAAAACAUGUAGUUAUUUCCAAAUUUCCAUGGACUACUUCACUGCCCAACACUCAAACAAGGCCAAAAGCUUGUUAGAUGUUUCCACCCAUUUCCCAAAUAUAAUUGCCCUCUUGACGUCUAAAUUCUAAUGCCUAUCAUUAGUGAAUUUAACUAGUGCACAUUUAUUAUAGGCUUCAGUAAGACUGAAGCAGGCAUGUAAACAGUAAUCAGGGUAGCAGUAAAUAACCCUGGCACCCGAAGGUCAGAGCUUUCAGGGAUAACUAAACACUUGGCCUGUGUGGAUCAUCAGACUGGUCAGGAACUUUCAGGAAAAGGAGUACAUCAGCGAUAUUUAGUAUUCUACUUCCAUAAAGUGUGGGGACUCAGAUUAAGAGACAGAUUAACAACAAAUUGACAAAAUCUAAGCAGCAGUGCCUGAGAUACCCUGCUUUUUAUUGGCUAGAAUGGGUCAAGCCCCUCCAGAAACUCUGAAUCCUACAUUUCCCAUAAUGCAACUAAUAUCAUCUUUUCAUUAUUCAUCCUCUCUGAAAUCUCAGUGACUAGUAAACUGACUUUGAUGUCUGUAAUCAGUGGAGUUCCCUCUGGAAAUACAUUUAGACUAUAUCAAAACAGUAUGUUUGCUUUAUCAGUUAGUUGUGUGGUAAGCCUUUGUUAUGAGUAAGCUGAGUUAAGAAAGCUUGAUCAAAGUGUGCUUGACUUCAUGUCUCAUGUAACAUUAUCUUAUGUCAUACAGACCUUAAAUCUGAGAUUACCUUACCACGAUUUACCUUUACACACAUAUGUAGUUUAAGUCAUACCAUGCAAACAUUUAUUCAUACAGUAUAAUAAUUACAUUGUUAAUAAAAGGUCCAUCAUACCAUAGAGGUACUUGAAACCUAUUAUUAGGGAGUGUGAGUGUUGUUCAAAGCUAACAUACAGUAAAUGAACUUCUCUCUGUUUAGGAUAGGUAGAAGCGAGGCCACAAGGAAAUCCCCAUGAUCUGUCUGUGAACUAAUUGAUUUUGACAAGUGUCCAUUUCUAAUCCCUUAUCAUGUAUGUGAUCCAUAACAGUCUGUGUCUCAUCCUCACUUACAGACGAGAUUUGCCACAAUAGAGAGCCCAAAAACACUUGAGUUUGUAUGGACCGUGAUGUCAUUUUGAUUAGAUUUGCUCAAAGUUUGUUGCAGUAAUUGGCUCGGUAAUUAAGGACUAACGUUUGUGGAUUUUGUAAUGUAGAGGGAAGCUUUAGACCAGUUACCCAGGUCAAACAGUUUCAUGUAAUGUAAGAAAUAAUUUCAGUCUUUAGGGAGCUGAAGACAAAAUUUCCACAAUGGGUCAGCGCCUAAGCGAGGAUAGUGACCCAGACAAGGAAAUUGAUGUGGCAGAGCUGCAGGAAUGGUACAAAAAAUUUGUCGUGGAAUGCCCAAGUGGAACUCUCUUCAUGCACGAGUUCAAAGGCUUUUUUGGCGUUACUGAUAACAAGGAGGCUGCAGAUUACAUUGAAAACAUGUUUCGAGCCUUUGACAAGAACGGCGACAACACCAUUGAUUUUCUGGAGUAUGUGGCAGCCUUGAACUUAGUCCUAAGGGGUAAAUUGGAACAUAAGCUUAAAUGGACAUUCAAAAUGUAUGAUAAAGAUGGAAGCGGAUGCAUUGAUAAAACAGAGCUUCUUGAAAUUGUGGAGUCUAUUUAUCGAAUGAAGAAAGCCUGCCAUGGAGAGUUGGAUGAAGAAUGCAAUCUGCUGACCCCGGACCAAGUGGUUGACCGGAUAUUUGAGCUGGUUGAUGAAAAUGGAGAUGGGGAGCUCUCGCUGGAUGAGUUCAUUGAUGGAGCACGGAGGGACAAGUGGGUGAUGAAGAUGCUGCAGAUGGACGUCAACCCUGGGGACUGGAUCAACGAGCGAAGACGCAGUGCUGACUUCUAAGGCUGGAACAUGGACUGUCAAUCUGUCACAUCCUAAAUGUGUGACCAAUCAUGUGAUUUUGUAUCUAUUGCAGUUUAUAUGUAUAUAAAAGAAAACAACACCACAGUCACAUCCUGGCAUUGUGCUGCUAUAUUUUGCUUGUAAAGGGGAUAGCUGUUUAUUCAUUUUGGUUCUGGUUUCACACUUAAUCAAGUUAUUGAGCAACAUUAUUUUUGACAUUAUUCAUUGCUAUUUCAGGUCUUGUAGGUCUAUUUAUAUGUCUGUAUUUUAUAGCUGCUGCAGACAUACGGUGCUUACUGUAUUUUCUUUUUAGUUUUGUGUCAUAAAAUGAGCAUAAACGUUAUUCAGUAAACAUACUUAAAUCCCCUACACAACCAUGGUCCAACAUAGAGUGGUGUUUUCAUUUAUUUGGGAUGAUUAGACCUCUUUUUAGGACUGUGGGAGUGCACACCGAGAUUGAUUGACAUUUUCCUCACUCCCUCAUAGUUUUGUUGCACCUCUUACUUGGGGGGGGGGUUUAUAACUUUAACCGUUUCAUUGGGGCACUAAUGUUAUUCCCAUCAUAGCUCGGCCCAACUUGAACCUUGAUUGAGAUCUAAUAAAACAGAAUAAAUAAAAGGGUUUGCAGGCUCUUCAAAAACAAUAAACACAAUAAAUAAAUACGAAUUUCA